AUGCAAUUUGUUUCCUUCGCGUUUCUCUCCGUUGUCUGGAAGCUAUCAUACGCCACUACUCCCACACCGCCAUCGUCUACAACUCAACGAAUUGCUGUAGUAGGAGCGGGCAUUGGAGGCUCAGCUUUUGUUCACUUUCUGCAGGAGGCUGCAGGCACUAGCAACUACCAGAUCGAUGUGUAUGAAAAGGAAAGCAUUCCGUGCGGUCGUGUGACAACCAUCAAAACAGCAGGCAGUGUAUUUGAGGCAGGAGGCUCUAUCAUUCAUCCUCGAAAUCAAUACAUGAAGAACUUCACUGAUUUAUUAGGAUUACAGAGGUCGGAUGCUGAUCCAACUAAUGGAAGGUUUGGUUUGUUUAACGGAGAGGAGUUCAUCAUUCUUGAGACAGGACCCUCGAUUCUUGACUAUAUUAAGCUAUUUUGGAGAUAUGGAUUUCAGGUUGUAAAAAUCAAUUGGCUGGUUGACGAUACGUUAAAUCAGUUUGACAAUAUUUACAAGCUGCAGGAGCAGAAGAGGGCGUUUACAUCUGUUCCAGAUAUGUUGACUGCAAUGGGAGGACGAGAGAUGGCUCGUUUGGCGCAGAUAUCCAUCGCUGAUUAUUUGUUAGAGAAAGGGUAUACGGCUCAGUUUAUUAACGAAUUAGUAGUGGGAGGCAUGAGAGUGAAUUAUGGGCAGAACACUACGAUGGGAGCAUUUGCCGGGAUGGUGUCGCUUGCAGGCAUGGAGUCUGGACUGUGGCAAGUUGUAGGCGGAAAUAAUCAGGUGUGUGAACGGUUGUUGUCUCGGUCGGGUGUCGGUGUGAUGUAUAAUACAACGGUUACUCAUAUUGACAAGAGAUCGUCUCCAUCGGGUAAAACUGUUUAUUCUCUUUCACUCAAUGUCACAGGAUCAUCCAAUAUUGUGAAAAAAGAUUAUGACGUUGUUAUUCUUGCUGCACCGUUAGAGAAAGCUGACAUUCAGUUUACUGGAUUUCCUGUCAAUCCUAGCGCUAACGGCGUCUUUGAGCGAACCGUAGCUACCUUUGUUUCUGGGUCUUUGAAUUUGUCUCAUUUUCACUAUACAAACAGUCCUGCAGAUUUUCCCUCACUAGUGAUGACAACAGAGACACCAAAUGUUACUUUUAAUUGUAUUGGGCAGCAAGCAACAGUCGAUCAGAAGCUACCGAGUAUGGAAACAUACAAAGUUUUUUCUAGAAAGCUAAUGACAGAGCAGGAAAUUAAUACGUUGUUUUCUGAUGUCAAAACAGUGGCUGUAAAAGAUUGGCUGGCUUACCCACAUUACAACCCACCGCCUGAUUUCUUACCAUUUUUGUUGGAUGAUCACUUGUUUUAUCUCAAUACAAUUGAGUGGGCAGCCAGUGCAAUGGAAAUGUCGUGUAUAUCAGCAAAGAAUGUCGCUCUCAUCACAGCAGCAUCACUCAACAGAGUCAAUCCGUUUGCUGCACCACCAACUGCACCAACAGAACAUCCAGAGAGAGAUGAGUUGUAGAGACUAUGUUUACACAUUGAGUUGAGAUUUGAUUUGUCAAUCUGUACACAAAUUGGUGAUUUGUUGGUAAAGCAAACAUGUAUAACAAUGCUAGAGUUAUGUUUCUUUAUGUUAUGUAUGCUUUAGUCUUAUUAGCAUGACAUGUCAGACUUUAGAUUUGUGGUGUCCUGAUUUUGGCUCAAAGACGAGUUACUGGAUCAGAGAGAGAGAUACUGAUGUAGUCAAUUUUGGCGAUUGUUAGCCAUUUGGGUCACAGCAAGAAAUAUCCAGCUAACAGAUUAG